UUUGCAAUCUGAAAUAAAGUAACUUUAAACGUUUUUGAAAUGUAAUAAAUGUGAGAAGAAAUCAACUAGAUGCUAACUUGUAAGAAAUGUAUUGCUCUCUUUAAUGUGACACCAGUGUGAGCUCCUUUCAACUGCGCGAGGUUUAAAAAAGGGGGGCAUGGAAAGAGCAAGAGGAAUUUGAUCUGCAUCAUGCUUCCAAAAGGCAUUCAUUGGGCAAAUACUGACAUCCCCACCAGUUCUUUCCCCCACAAGUAUAUGCAAUCAGACCAUCUCCUGGUUAAGAUUGCUAACUUAGGCACAAACCCCUAACGAUGAAUGAGCUCUUAUAUUAUUAUUAAGUUCAAAAGUCCAAUGUAUCCACAUACCUUUGUUCCUACAAACGUCAGAACUACUUUGCUCUCUCUCUCUCUCUCUCUCCAUUUUUGAUAAUUAUUCUUUCUUAGGCCUUUGAUGCCAUAACUGAUAAUACAGUGGAGGAUUGGUUACCAUAUCGAGUGAUUUUUGUGUACCUUCCAUUUUAUGGACCACAUUGAAUACAGACGUCUGUUCUUUACACGGGGCUGCAAAUUUUAUCUAUUGGGGCUAAGGGCAAUCAAAGUACCCAAAAAAACUACGUGCUACCGGAUCUGAAUUUCACUGCACCAACCGUGUCUUUUAUCAAUGCUUAAGGCAUAAAAAAAAGCAUUCCAGAAAAUACAAAAUUGAUGGUUCAUUGUAUGCAGUUGAGAUAUUGCGUAGUUUACAGUUUCUGGAAGCAAUUGACUUAGUGCAUCAUUUCCAGUUUCUGGAGGCAGACUUAGUGAUUGUCAGUAUCACAUGCUCAUCUAUACUACAUCAUAAAUGAGCCCUGCCCACAUCUCUCAACAGUAUUAAUAUCCUUGGCAGUAGCUGUCAGUAACAGCUUGUGCAACACGGCAUUUAUUUUAAGAGUAUAAAGCAUUAAAAUAUAUAAUAAGACAUCCGCAUUUUGAAGAAAUAAUGAGGGCUACUGCUGCAUUCUUUCUCGUGAAUUUUGGAUUAACACUCUGUGCAGACAUUCCUGCUGAAUAUAAUAUAACUACCAGAUUCAAGAAUCCAACAGAAAACAAUGCAGGCUGUUCCAUCAAGCUGAAGCCCACAGACUGUGAUGAAGGUGAACUAUGCGGUUAUCAGAUAAAUAUUCCACCAUUAACCCUGAAGCUUCCUAAGGAGACAAAACUACUUGAAAAGACCGUCAAAAUGGUUAAAAGUUUAACAGCAACGGUAAAUAUGAUGAAGCAAAGGUGGCUGGAAGAACAUCGGAAAAAGCGUACCGUUCCUGAUCAACCUAUUGCAAAAAAAAAAGUUGGAAAAGAAAAUAACAAGAUAACAGCAUUGGAGGAGAAAGUAAAAGUACUGACAGUUUCAUUACAGACUGCCAGAAACCAGAUCGAUUUGCUCGAGAGUCACUUGGAAGAGUUGAAAAUGGAUACUGUUUUGCAUUACAUUACUGAUGAGCUUACAAGUAUUAACAACACAGUGAAUACAUUGAACAAUAAGUGUUACACGACUUGCGAACUUACAGCAAAACCUAAAGGUAUGUUAAAUAUAAAAGUAUUGCCUCAAAAUUGCUCAAGUCUUUACAAACAGAACAUUCGGAAAAGUGGCAUCUAUAAAUAUACUGAUGGUUUGGGUAAAUAUUUUGAGGUCUAUUGUGAUAUGGAAACUGAAGGUGGCAGCUGGACAGUCAUUCAGUCGCGCAGAGAUGGUAGUGUCGAUUUUAAUCGCACCUGGGCAGAUUACAAAAAUGGUUUUGGGAACUUAUCAACAGAAUUUUGGCUUGGAAAUGACAAAAUACAUGUUUUAACAAAAUCCAAAAAUAUGACCUUAAGAAUUGAAAUUGAAGAUUGGGCAGGGGUGCAAAAUUAUGCCGAAUACAGUCAAUUUUCUGUUGCAGACGAAAAUGACCAAUAUCGUCUGACCAUUGCUGGCUACUCUGGUACAGCAGGUGAUGCAAUGCACAAAGGUAAAAAUUAUAACCAUGAUCAACAAAAGUUUACCACCAAGGACAAAGAUAAUGACAUGUACCCUUCAAGUAACUGUGGAGCCUAUUAUAGUUCUGGUUGGUGGUUUGAUGCUUGCAUAUCAGCCAACCUUAAUGGUAAAUACUAUAAGAAGUUCUAUAAAGGGAUCCAAAAUGGAAUUUUUUGGAGCACUUGGUACACGACAAAAACGGAAACUCUGAAUGGCUAUCGCCAUGCUUUAAAAACAGUUAGAAUGCUCAUCAGGCAGAAAAGAAUUGUACCAUAAGCACAGAACAAUAACAAAAGCUUCCAAAAGCAAAAAAAAAUGAAUGCUGGAAGUUUAAAAUAAAAACAGAAAAUGCAGGAAAUACUCAGCAGGUCAGGUAGCAUCUGCAGAUAAAAACAGUAAAGAUUUAGGUCAAUUACCUUUCAUCAGUACUGGAAAAGUGACUUUUUACCCCUGGAUUUGAAAUAUUAAUUUUAUAUCACACCUCCACAAAUGCAACUGAGUAUUUUCCAAAAUUUUUCUUUUUAUUCCAGAAGGUUAAAUUUUAAAGCAUAAAAAAUGUCAAUAUUAAAUAUUUCUCUUUUGCUGUGGUCUUCUACUAUUAGUUGAUCUCACCUCACAGCGUACAGACUCACACUGUACAAACAGAGUGAGGUUCAUCUCUAUUCAUCAAGUUAACUUUCAUAUCUUUAGCUCCAUCUUCAGCAUAAACUUCUUGAAUACUUUUGGCAUUUUGUAUUUAGUUCUCACAACUGAUCUGCCAAGCUUCACCCUACAGUUGCUCCAAAUAAUUAACUUUUUUACACACUUCUUGUUGAAUCAAUCUGCUUAAAAGGUACAAAUUUCUGAAGGAACUUUACAGGGUAGAGUUGAUCUCAGCCCUAAAACUGGAAGCAGUCUCAAAUAAUGGAUCAGCCAUUCAGAACAGGAUUUCUUCCCCCAGAGAGCUAUGACUUUGAUGCACCGAGUGUCAUAAAGACUAAGAUUGAUAUAAUUUUAUGUGUUAAAGGCAAUCAAGAGAUAUGGGGUCAGUUCAGGAAAUUGCCACUAUGUUAAAAGAUUGUACGUAAUCUUACUGAAUGGCUGACAGACAUAAAAGGUCAAAUAACUUUUUUUUCUAAUGUUUAUAUAUUCUAAUUGUGAUCAUCCAUCAUUCUUCUCUUUUUAAUCUCCAUUAGAUCCCCAUUCAUCAACACGUUAAAUGAUACUCUUGCUCAUCUUUGGUUCCCCUUAUGACCUUGUACUGUUACCCAUUCCCAUACCACACCACCAGCACAUUUGACAGUGACUUUCCAUACAUUCAUAUUGUCUUUUCCCUACCAAUAAUGGCCUGGAAUUUUGCUACUUUUUACACCCUUAAAAGCCACCUCAAACCUCGACUAUUUUUAUCUUCUUAAUGUCUUUCUGAUACACUAUCUGUUGCUUUUAAUAUUUAAAUUACCUUGUGACGUUAACAUUCGAUAUAAAAGCAAGUUGUUGUUGGGAAGGAGAAUUUAUUACAGAAAGAUAUGUACAUAUGGGUGUAAAAUAUUUCUACUAAUCGUUAUAAUCGUACACGAGGGAGAACAGGCAUUAGGUUCAUGUCAAAUAAUGAGGCGAGCCCCACGCCUCAAUUCUGGGCUCAUCCUAGAUAUUGUGCUUCCAGUGCAAUUCCAAAUCUGAAGCACAAAUUAAAUGAAUUUCUAUCCCCUCAUCUUUUAAAGAGGUGCACAGAGACAAUUUUAAUAUAUCUAUUUCCUAUUCUUUUGUAUGAGAAUUUCAGGAAAUUCUUAAGAAAAUUGAAUAGACUUUAUAGUUAAAAUACAUGAAAGAUUUUUUUAGAAAGAAAGCUUCAAACUAUAUAAUGUAAAUAUUGAUUGAUCAUUUUUGUAACAAUAGCCGCAUUCCCCUAAAUGCAAGCAGUAAAAUGUAUAACAUAACUUUUUUGUAUGCUAAUUAAUAUUCAAAUAGAAUCCUUUACCUUUGUACUUUUUCUACUGCUUUAGUAUCAUGUAAUUAUAAUGUUCAUGUGAUGACAAAUUACUCUGUAAUUAAUGGUAAUGAGAGUUCUAUCUGCUGCAAUUGUUGCUAAUUAUGAGAGAAGUACUAUUGAAGGAAUCAAACUAAUACACUGCUGUUUAUGAAAGAUGAAUGUAAAAGCUGAUCAUAAAUAUUAACUUGCAUAGUGAUGUUUUUAAUAUACGUUCUAAGACCUUUUACAAAUCAGUAAAGCUGAAAAAAUAAAAAAUUCAGUAAUAAAAUGAACAA